AUGGCGGCCCUGGCGGCGGGCGGCCUGCGGGCCCGGGGCCGGGAUAUCAGCCUGGCGGCGCUGCAGCGCCACGACCCCUACAUCAGCCGCAUCGUGGACGUGGCCAGCCAGGUGGCUCUGUACACGUUCGGCCACCGCGCCAACGAGUGGGAGAAGACCGACGUGGAAGGAACGCUGUUUGUGUACACAAGGUCGGCGUCUCCCAAGUAUGGGUUCACCAUCAUGAACAGGCUGAGUAUGGAGAACAGGACAGAGCCCAUCACUAAAGACUUGGACCUCCAGCUCCAGGACCCCUUCCUCCUCUACAGAAAUGCCAGAUUGUCCAUCUAUGGAAUCUGGUUCUAUGAUAAGGAAGAGUGCCAGAGGAUUGCGGAGCUCAUGAAAAACCUGACUCAGUCGGAACAGUUGCGUGCUGGCACCGGCAUCCCCCCCAUCAUGCUCAGUGCGGGAGAGGGCCAAGAGGCGGACAUACUCCGCAUGCUCACCAAGGCCAGGGACGAGUACACCAAGGGGAGUCCACGCGGGGCGCUGCCCAGGGAGGAGCACGCGAAGUGUCAAACCUGUUCUGAGCCCAAACGGAUAGCCAGCUCCUCUGCCAUCCAUGACAACCCCAACCUGAUCAAGCCCAUCCCCGUGAAGCCCGGGGACGGCCACCCUCAGAGCGGGCCUCAGCGCAGCCAGGCCUCGGACCCUGAGCCCCAGCACCUGUCCUUGACCACUCUGUUUGGGAAGCCUGGCGGAGCGCCCUGCCCCAGAGCUACGGAGUCCCCGCAGCUGCAGACGACGCCCCCGGGCCGGCAGGGGACUCCCGUGGCCAGGCUCUGCCCAGCGAUUCAGAAACUCAUGGUUGGGAGCACGGAGCUACGCCCGCUGGCCGAGCUCCCAGAAGGGCAUCCCUGCGGCGCCCAUCCUGUGGGGGACCUGGCCCCCCGCCCAGUCCCCCCAGGCUCGCCCCGCCACACACACAGGACUUCCAGACCCCAGAGCCUGCUGGAGACGCUGCAGGGGGCCCCUGACCCCUCCACCCCCACUCUCCCCAGCCCCGCCGCCCAGCUCCCCCUCCCGCCCCCUCCCCGAGGCCCUGGGGAGGGGAGCCCCGCGCCCCAGCCCGGCAGCCCUGGAGCUCUGCCCCCACGGGAGCUGCUGAGAAAGCUCCAGGCCGUGCAGCAGCAGCAGGAGCUCCAGGUGGGCCCGAGGCCAGCCCUGGCCGCCAGGUUCCCAGUGGUGGCCCAGAGCUCCGGGACGGGGACACCCUGGGAGAAGCCGGCUGCUCUCAUGCAGGCCACUUCGCCCCAGCGCGUCGCAGCGGGAGCGGCCCACGUCCUGCUCAUGUCGCCCACCGCCUCCACCCAGGCCCCGGCCAGCGACAGAGAGGGAGGCCAGGAAGCCCCCGGCCUGCUGCUGCCCCUGCGGAUCCCCGAGCGGCCCUCGCUGGGGGCCCCAGGCCCGCUCAGCAGGCCGCAGCUCCAGGAAGCGCUGCUGUACCUCGUCCAGAAUGACGACAGCUUCCUGAACAUGAUCUAUGAAGCCUAUCUCUUCAGCAUGGCGCAGGCCGCCCUGCGGGGACCCACGUGAGCCGCAGCAGCCGUGUCCUGAGACCCGUCCCUCCCAGGGAAGCACCGCUGCCGUGUGUUUCCGCCAGCCGGAGCCCGGUGCUGCACAGUAAAGGGUUUGUGUGGUUGAGCUCCUGUGGUUGGCCCUGUGUGAGAACCCCUGGCACCCGCGCCGUAGCUCCAGACUCGGGGAGGCCUCCGUCCAGGCCACGCAGCGAAUGCCGAGGUCAAACUCACACCCCCGGUGCCAGGCUAGGAAGGAAACCGUUCCUUUCUCUUUCCAUAAUCUCCUUGGUUCUCACCCAAGCCAGGGCACCGGCCAGCCACCAGGGGGCAAUGUCCACCACGGUUACCCGUGGGAGUGAGAACACUUUUCCCUAGGCCACCCAUGGUCAUAGUACAUCUGCUGUGCUUGCCUGGCCCCAAGGUGUCCACACCAUGUCUGCAUGGCCGUGGCCUACCUGCGCCUGACGUGUCCACGUGGUGGACAGCUUUCAUGUCCCCCAGGCGGGGGGUGACACGGGGACUAUGGAAGGCCAGGACCUGGGUCAGCAGCACCUGUUCUGGGCCUGGCAGGGGAGGUGGUGGCCUCAGGGGCAGAGGAUGAGAUUUUCUGCUGCCCAGGCCUGAAGGGCGCAUGGGGCCCCAUGUUCCUUUGUCCCCAUUUGUUCUGCAGACAAGUGUUCUUACUCUGGGGCCCCCAGGGGCCGGCUUCCUCACACCCUGGGGCUUCGGGCCUUUGCGGGGACCACGAGGCUCCUCCCCAGCUCUGAGGAGAGGCGGGGCGGGCUCCACCUCCUACAGCCGCCACAAAGUGACAAACCUCGGAGACCUAACCUGCAGAAGGCCAGCGGCACAUGAGAAACGGGAGGGCCGGGCUAUCAUCCCAGCUACUCAGGAGGCUGAGAUCUGAGGAUCAUGGUUCAA